CUAGAUACUUGAAAAUUUUCAAUUGGCCAGAGAAUAUCAUAUAUAGAACCAUUGAAUAUAAUAUUUAGUUUUUCUCAAGUGAUAGUGGACCAAUAGGUUCACGUACAUAAGCAAUGAGAUUGCAUUUACAAAUUCUGCUGACGGCAGUAAUCCUCAUUAGAAGUAACGUAAAUGGUUACAACCUCAGCGACUACAGGCUACCAAAAUAUGCAGUACCAUCCUUUAAUUAUUUUUCGGUUGACCUAAGGAACCCUGAAGCAAACACCUUUAACGCCAAGGCCUGGAUUCAAGUAACCCUCCCUGAGCCUGUUACUGAAUUGGUUCUCAAUGUGGAUCCCAAUUAUGUGGAUAUCAAGUCUCUUGGUGUAGACAUGGGUUCGGCCAGUUUUGUUUGUAGUCCGGGUAAUUAUAGCGCCGAGACUCAAGAAAUGGUUUUGUUUUGCUUGGAGGAUUUAGAUGAUGAGAUCAUCACUGCAUCACAACCAAACGACACAACAGCAAUGUUCCGUAUCGACUAUACGGCCAACUUCUCAGACGAACCCAUGGGACUUUACAAAAACAAAUUUAAAGUCAACAAUAGCGCAAGUUAUGUUAUAUAUACCCAAUUUGAACCUACCUAUCUCAGAAGAGUAUUUCCUUCGUUUGACGAACCCAACAUUAAGGCCCCCGUUCGUGUUGGCGUUGCUAAUAAUAAAAAUUUAACUGUGGUGAGCAACAUGGAUUAUGCCGAAAAUUAUGGCUUUAUGGACACGCCAAAUAUGUCCACAUACUUGGUAGCUAUCGUAGCAGGGCCCAACGAAACGUGGACCACUUAUCGAUUAUCUGAAACUUACCAAUUCAAUUUUUCAGUUUUUGCUCAGAGAAUUCACGCAGAUUAUGUCUGGUUUGCACUUGAAAAUGGGCCACACCUUAUGCACCUGAUGGGUACCUACACAGACCUACCCUACGAAACUUUGGGCAUUUCUAAAAUGACAUUUGCUGCACUACCAGGAAUGAGUGGAGCUAUGGCAAACUGGGGACUAAUUACAUUUGGUGAGGCUUUAUUGUUAGAUGAAGGAGACAGAACUCCUCACAGAUCCACAAUCAGCUUACUAACAAAAAUGGCUCAUGAAAUUGCCCAUCAAUGGUUCGGAAAUUAUGUCACACAUAAUUGGUGGUCAGAACUUUGGCUUAAUGAAGGCUUUGCUACCUAUUUUGAGUGGUAUCUAUCAAAUCUGGUUGAGACACAAUAUGAAUACGACAAGUUAUUUUUGAUUAACGUGCUCCAACCAGCUUUACAAGCAGAUGGUCCCAAUAUGGUUCCUUUAUCCAAUGAAGAAUCCAAAGUGAACACUCCACAAGAAAUUGAAGAUGCUUUCAGCAAUAAUGCUAUAAAUUCCAAUAAAGGUGCUUCAUUCAUAAGGAUGAUACGACACGCUUUAGGAGAAGAGGUUUUCCAGAGAGCCAUACAAACCUACUUGAAAGACAAUGCCUUGAAGAACGUUGAAGCUUCCAAUUUGGUUGACCAUCUUCAAGCUGCUCUACCAAAUACCACGGAUGUAAAUCUGACCCUAUACUUGAAUUCGUGGAUUUAUGAACCUGGAUAUCCAAUACUAAAGACUUCCAUUGGUGCAACGAAAUCUGGUUCUUUGAUUGUAUCCAUUGAUAUUUACACAUUUCAACCAUCGCUUAAUAACACCGAUAGAGAAGAAUCCAAAUGGUGGGUACCAGUUACUUAUGCUACAUCUGACGAACCGUUCUGGGAUAACGCUACAACUUUCUGGAUCAAUCCUGGAAGGACUUUCGGAUAUUUCAUCCAAGAUAUUAACGAUUCUUGGGGUGUUUUAAAUGUACAUGCAAGUGGGUACUACCGAGUGGACUAUGAUACAGAUUCCCUAGCAAGAAUUUUCAGAGUAUUGAAUAACGCAGACACUUAUACUCAAAUUCCUGUCCUAAAUAGAGCACAACUUAUAGAUGAUUUAUUCAACAUUGCCAAAUAUUAUGUUGAAAGACAAGAAGGAUAUAAAGAUAGGCCUUAUGAAAAUGCUUUCUCAUUUGUGCAAUACUUGAAACACGAAGAAGAAUACUUACCAUGGCACACCUUUUUAAAAGAAGUGCAAUAUCUUUUGAACAAUCUCGAAGAUGAGACUACAUUGAAAACUUUGAAGGCUGACGUGCUUGAGCUUAUAGAAGCAAAGCUAGAUUUUCCCAAUGGCACCGUAAUACCCCUGGUAUCUCCUCUUGUAAUUUUGAGAUCAAACCUUCUUUUGGAUUGGGCUUGCAAAUUAGGCCAUGAAGGUGCCAUUGAAUAUGUUAAAGGAAAGUUUGAUAUGUAUAAAACUGAUCCUAAAAGCAUUGACAACGAUUAUAGAGAUACUAUUAUCUGCUAUGGAGUUCAAAAUAGUAACUCACCAAACACAGACUACGAUACCCUAAUGGAUAUCCAUGCCAAAUCCAGCAUACCGCAAGAACAACAAGAAAUUUUAAUAGGACUUACCUGUUUCUCUAAUGCUGAUAUUUUAGACAAAUAUCUAGCCACUACUCUAGAAGACGAUCCUCCUAUAGCUAAACAUUUUUGGCCUGACAUCUUUAAUGCCUUGUGUCAGAGGGGUCCUGUUGGUUUGGAGGCAGCUGUACGUUUUAUAGUCAAGAAUUCUAAUGCCAUCAUUCAAAAAUGGAAAAAACCAAUGGAUAUCCACAAAAUGAUAAAAUCUGUUUCAGAAAAAAUUAUUAAAAAAGAACAUGCAGCUUUACUAUCCAAUCUCCUCAGCACAUUCAGCAAAGAUUCGGAUGUAGGACAUGAUGUCGUUAUGGCAUUAGCUGAAGCAGAAGCCCAUGUAAAAUGGUUAGAAAAGUUUGGAGAUGAAAUUACUAGUGUCUUGGUGUACAAUGGAAGUCCUAUUCCUGGACCUACCACUCCAAGUAAUGGAAACAAUUCAGCUAGAAAGCUGAAUAGUUUUACUGGAAUAGUUCUUAUUAUAGUUUCUUCAAUUGUAUUCAGAUGUUUUGUGUAAAUUAGAGUUAAUAGUUAUUGUUGAAAAACAAUAUUUUAUAAAUCUAUAAAAUUGACUUUCUUUGUU